CAAUGUCUGCCCACUGCUCUGUCUCUCUCUCUCGCAGCGUAAACCAAACUGGAAGGAAAUACCACAGUAUCCAAUUCAAUUUCGCAUUUAUGAUAUGAAAACAACUUCUUUGAUCGCUUUUGAUCGUCUCCACUUCAACUCUAUAUACAUUAUACACACUUAUAUACCUUACUGUGUGUUUGAAUAGUGCGUUCACAGAUUUGAAAUAAACUGACGAUUGAUUUGGGGUUUUCCUGGGAAUUGUGGUAAAAUUUCCUUUUCAGUGUCGUUCUGAGCUGCGAAUUUUGUUGCUGAAGUUUAGGGAAUUUGUUUGUCUAGAUCUUAUCGUCAACGGUAGGUUGUAUGUCUAUUGCAUUAUCACUAUGGAAUUUUGUUAGCUCAUAAUUCCAUCAUUGAAUUUUCAAAGAUUUUGAUGAUUUUCACGAUAAGGCUGAUGAUGCUUUGCCUGAUUGUUUUAUAUAAGUCGGUUGGUAGAGAUGGAGGGCGGAAUAAAUCUUGAUGCAACACUUGAUUAUGUUGAAUUUCACACAUUUCCAAGCCAGAACAGGUAUGAGGUAAGUGUAUGGAGUAGCAACAAAGAAGAGAAUUUAGCAUCUGGACCCUUGGAACAACUGUUGUUACAUUCACCUGAAACAAGAAAUUUGUCCUCCAAAGACUCCAACACAAAGUUCAAGAUUUUACCACCUGACAACAUAAAUGAUGCCUGCUGGUUUACAAUAGCCACACUGACAAGAUUUCUACAAAUUAUUGGUUUGCCAGACGUCCUUAGCAUUGGAAAAGAAAUCUCUCAACUAGAGAGGACCAGAAAUUUUAUAAUCUCAUCAUCUGAUAAGAGUGAAAUUCUGGUAGCAAUUGAUUUGAGAUUGACAGCAUUGAAAGAGGAACUAGCUGCUGUGUUAAACAAGGCUAUUAGUUCAAAAUUCUCACUUAAGGACAUUUCUAACUUGGGAAACUUUGCUCUUCAUUUUGGAGCCAAGGAUCUAAGGGACUCGUUGCAGAAAUCUGUUGAAUUGAGCUCAAUAGAAGAUGAAGAUUCAAGUGAGGAGGAGGAGGAAGAUCAACUGGAUGCUGAAAGAAGUCGUGGUGUUACAAGAUCUUCAAUGCCUAAAAGAUCAGCAUCUCCAAUGAGGAGAAUCCAGAUAGGGCGAUCUGGUUCUCGAAGAACAGCUGCAUUAAGUAUCAAGAGUCUCAAGUAUUUUCCAGGUAGGGAAAAGUCAACAAUGCCCCUAGGAGAUGAUGAAGAGGACGAGGAAGAAGAUUCACACAGACCUGUUAACAACAAUGUAUUGAGAAUGAGUGUACAAGAUAAAAUCAGUCUGUUUGAAAGCAAACAAAGAGACCAAGGUGUAGUAAAUGUUGAGAAGACAACUGUGAGUGCAAACAAAGCUGUACUUAGAAGAUGGAGGUCAGGAAUGGGUGAAAAAGGGACUACUUUAAGCAGCCCCAAAAGUAUAGAUCCAGAUGUCAAAACAGAGACCGAUAAUAAUAAUAAUAAUAAUAUAAAUAAUAAUCCCAAUACUGAAACUUGUCCUGAAAAGGGAACAACAUAUGAGGAGUUGGGUGUGGAAGUUGACAAAUUUGAACAACCUGAAAGAGAUGAUGAAUGGAUUCAAGAAAAGGGAUUUAAUGAUCAAAACGUGACAAGUGAUAAUAGCAAUAUGAAGAUUUCCAAGGAGCAGAAAGUUGAAGUUUAUGAUGAUGGUGAUAAUAAAAAAAGAGAAGAAAAGGUCCAAAAACAAGGUGGUAGAAAGAGAGUUGAGAAAAGCUCCAGUACGAAUGUGAGUGGUGGUAAAUCUAAUAAUGGAAGACAUCAAAAUGAACCCCAAAAAACUCAAAAGAACACAGCCCAAUCCCAGUUGAUAAAUUCCAAAACCACCAUGAAACCUUCUGCAAUCAAGAAAUCUUCAUUAAACUCAUCUUCUUUGCCUACUACACGAAAGUCACCACAACCUGCAGCUAAUCGAAAACCUCAAUCUCCUGCAUCAUCAAAAGUUGAAAAUUUACAGCCACGAUUGAAGACUGUGAAAUCAACAAAACCAGAUGGUAACACAAACACAAAAAUUAAAGCUACGAAUGAGAGGAAACAUCCCACAUCGAUUGAAAACAGAAAGACAACAAGAAGAAGAACCAAAGUUGAGACUCCUAAAGAAGAAGACACAGACACUAGUACGAAACCUAGUUUUUAUACUAAAAAAAACAGUGUGGUUCCCGUACUUGAAACAAAGCCUUUCCUUCGUAAGGGCUCUAGGGUCGGCCCUGUUGCUGGUGGUGUUAUAAAGACACGUGGAGUUGUAUCACUGUCACAGCCUGUGGAAGCUUCAAGAACCUUCGAAAAUCCGACUACAAGGAAUGUUGAUAUAAUGAUUAUAAAUCAUGAUAUGAUGGAAAGUAGUGAUCAAAGUGAAACUCCAAAAAAUCAUUUUGUGGAACCCGAGGUGAUUGAAUGUGAGCAAUCAGACAAGUUGUCAUGUGAUGAUGGUGAUUUAGGGGUAGAAAUGUCUGGUGUGAAUGUGACAGAAGAACCCAAAGUAGAAAUUUACGCAGAGAAUCGUGAAAAUGAGAUUGUUCCGUACAAGGAAAGCCCAGUGCUGCCACGUGUUCGCCAUUCCUUAUCUCAGAUGAUGCUUGAGGAAAGCAAUGAAUCCGAGUGGGGUAAUGACUCCCACCCUCCCACCCUAGUCUACCAAAAGGACGCACCCAGAGGAUUAAAGCGACUUCUCAAGUUUGCUAGAAAAACAACUAAACCUGAUUCACAAUCGCAUUUAACUCAUUCGUCAAGCCCAGAAGGAGAGGAUGAUACCGACGAAUCUAAAGCAACAAGGUCAUUCUUCUCUCUUUCAGCGUUCAGGGGGAACAAGAUAAAUGAGACCAAGAUUCUUCAUCGCUAAAACUUAUCACAACAACUGUAAAUCAUACAUUCGAUCAGCCCCUUCCCCUUUACAGGUGAAUUCAAUUCAAGGCUUAUAAUCAUAUUAUAUUAUCUUGUGGUUAUUAAAUCUAUAUUCCAUUUUUCUCGUAAUUGUGGGUGUUGUAGGGUACAAUGUUGAAUAACUUAGGUUGUGCGUUUCAAGGGUUAAUUAUGUGGGAUCUUGAUACUAUAAAUUGUUAUAUUACAAAUUUACAAUUACAUGCCCUUUUGUUGA